AUUUAUGAAAGGUUUCCAUUACAUAUGCCACCAAAAACAUAUAAACCUAGGCUAUUCCUGGAGUCCUUUUGCCACAAAACUAAAUUUUUUCCAAGAUGAUUGUAGCCAAUCCCCCUUAUUUUGCAUCAUGAAAUGCCCUUUACUAGUUCAUGAGUUACAUAAAAAAUAUAUAUUUGUUAAUUCUCCAAAGAUUCCGUAUGAUAUGAAUAAUUAGGAAUAAAAGAUUGCAAGUAGUGUUUGCAUCCCGAUGUCUCGAAGUCAAGGAUUUCAUAUUAACAAUUUCAUGAAGACACCUCAUCAAGAAAUUGAUUCCCGGACGCUAAUGAAUUCCCCUUGUAGAGCAAUUCAAGAUAUAUAACCCUUCAAUGCACUCCUCCACUAUCAUUAAUUACUUGAUUCCAAAAAUUUUAAGCAAUGUCUUUCAGGAAGGAGAAUCUUGAUUUGGUUUUGGUCCCUGCUGGGUUGCUGAUCAUGUUUGUUUACCAUCUAAUCCUUUUUUACAGAUACUUGUAUCUUCCUCACACGACAGUCAUUGGCUUUGAAAAUCAUAACAAAGAAGCUUGGGUUGAAAGGGUUUUGCAGGCUGAUAAGGAUGAUAUUAGUAGGGCAUUGACUGUGAUCGGAUCCAACACAUCGGCUGCAACUUUCUUAGGCUCAGUCUGUUUGACUCUCAGUUCCCUUAUUGGAGCCUGGCUUGGAUCAAAUAAUAUCUUUCAAAGCAAUCUAAUUUAUGGGGACACAAGGCCAUCCACCAUGUCCAUUAAGUAUAUCUGCCUUCUCACCUGUUUCCUCCUUGCUUUUUCUUGCUUUGUUCAAUCAGCCAGGAAUUUUGUCCAUGCAAACUAUCUAAUAACCACACCAAACUGUGAGGUAUCAGUCGAUUCUGUGAGAAUAGCAGUUCUCAGGGGAGGUGAUUUAUGGGCACUUGGGCUUAGAGCACUUUAUUUUGCUCUUGAUUUGCUUCUCUGGUUUUUUGGUCCCAUCCCAAUGUUUGUUUCUUCAAUAGUUAUGGUUUUUGUCCUCCAUUACCUUGAUACUAAUACCAGACCUUUGCACCCCUAUCCAAAUCCGAUCACUCAGAAGGUCACUGCUAGAAGGAACCGAGGUUUAGUUGUCUAGAAUCAAUUUUUCAGUUCCAUGAAUUUGGAAAAAUAUCCAAUAUUCUUUUUUGACAUAUGCAAUUAUAUUUGUUUCAAGCUGAAACACCAGAUAUGAAAGAGUUGAUGGCUGAAGGUUGGGACUUAGGGAGUUUCGUGUUGGCAAUUUUUUGCUUAUUGUCACUUCUAAGUUGGGGUGUUGAUUGAAACAACUUUCGAUCUCCCCCACAUUAGUUGAUUGCGUUUGAUUUGUUGAUAAAUGAUGAAAUAGUUGCAACUUUCUGCAUCAAGAACUAGGCUGCUCAUAAUCAUGUGCAGUACCUUCAUCAAUAAGCAAAGCUAAAAUGCUUCAGAAGUUUAGCUCUGCACUAAUCGAUUAUUUAAUCCUCCAUGUUAAAUCACAAUUGCAAUUCUUUCAUGCAUAGUGGUUAAAAAAAAAAAAACUCUGUUUGACUUACAUAUAUUUGAAACUACCUGGCUGGCUC